AAGAUCAAUCCACCUGGCGAAUAAUCAUUUGAUCCAACGGAACUAACGUAUCAUAUCGCUUUGUUACGGUGGUCUUAAAAAAUUACAGAUGAUUUUGACAGUACGACAUUGCAAUACGCAAAAGUAAAGAAUAACUCUGAGGAAUAAAAUGUUCGCAAAAACAACAGUUCUCAGUCGUUCGAUAAACUGUGGGUCAAUUUUUGCACGACAAAGUUUACGGACUAUCAACAAUGCUAAGCGUCUUCACAACUGUAGCAAAUCUUACAUGCAAAGGCCUUUCCUUUGGCAGUCGACCACCAGAUUCAACGAAUUGCAUAAACGCAAUAUGUUUAUACAAACUCAAGACACGCCAAAUCCCAAUAGUUUGAAGUUUCUACCUGGAGUUGCCGUCCUCGAACCAGGACAAACAAUGGAUUUUCCUACAGGAUCAGAUGCAUAUUGUUCGCCAUUGGCAAAGAUGCUUUUCAGAAUUGAAGGAGUGAAGUCGAUAUUUUUUGGGUCUGAUUUUAUCACUGUAACUAAAGUUGACGAAGACGUCGAUUGGAAGCUCAUAAAGCCAGAAGUAUUUGCUACUAUAAUGGAUUUUUUUGCUAGCGGAUUGCCUGUUCUUACUGAAGCACAGCCAUCGCUAGAUACAAAGAUUCAGGAUGAUGACGAUGAAACUGUUCAAAUGAUAAAAGAACUUCUUGACACAAGAAUCAGGCCCACAGUCCAAGAAGAUGGAGGAGACAUUGUGUACAUGGGUUUCGUAGAUGGGAUAGUAAAGCUAAAAAUGCAAGGUUCUUGUACCAGCUGCCCCAGUUCCGUAGUGACAUUGAAAAACGGUGUGCAAAAUAUGAUGCAAUUUUAUAUUCCUGAAGUUCAGGGUGUUGAACAAGUCGAAGAUGAAUCAGAUCGAGCAGCGAAGGAAGAAUUUGAGAAAUUAGAGACAAAGAUUCAGACAAGCAAGACCAGUAACGAACACUAGAGCAAAAGAUCUUGAAAUUACUUCUAUUGAUUUUUAGAAUGAAUAGCAUCUUGUAAUAUACUUAAUACUGAUAUUCAUAUCUAAAUGUAACAGCUAUUUGUAAAUAGAAUAGUUUUUAUUCGUUGAAAUAUGUUGUGAUAAUGGGGAAGUUUCGUUAAAUGUUUUUAUUUCAUAUUUCAGUAGUUGAGGGACAAAUAAUGCUGGUAUAUUUUUUUGUUCUUCAUUUAAAACAAAGUUUAAGCAGAUACAACAGGUUGAAGGAGUUACUGUGUGAUGUUAUCAAUGCUAAAGUAUAUUUGUAAUUUAAUAUUAGCAAUUAUCAUUUUUACGGAAAUCAGGGAAUAUCACCAGAUUACGUUUAUAAUACCUUCAUGCAAGCAGGAAAUUUUUUUCAUAAAACCUCUACUUACUCGCAUAGAAACUCUAGUGACCAGUUCAAUUGUUGUUUUAUUUCUUCAAUGCUCUGUAAACAGCAGACAAUAGUAGAUUAGACCGAGGUAUGAAUUUAUGUAGUUUAAUAUUUGUUGAAAUUCAUUAAAAGACUGAAACGAG